AUGGCCUUGGAUCAAGAACUACUUGUGUGCAAUGGGGCAGGAUUACAACAGUGUACAUCGGCUCUUUAUCCUCUUAAGGUAAGGCAGGUUGAGCCGAGACUUGGCCGUGCCUCGGCAAAGCUUGACUUGACUGCGACGGUGGCUGAGUGCCAGGGUCCAGACAUCCGGCCUGGGGCUGUGCAGGUUUCGCAUUCAUCGGUUAUUGCGAAGGGUCGCAUCAAGAAGGAGCAAUCCAAUCCAAUCCAAUCCAAGCCCUCCUUGUAUCCAAGGGUGGUCGUCCAUGUGGUUUCAUGGCUGCGCAGAGCCACGCAAGCCUUGGGUGUGUGGGCUAUAUUUCUAGUCGUAUAUACCGGUACACUUGAACAGUAUUGGGAAUCAAAUACGCCGAUAUCUCAUAAUCACAACCCGGCUUUAUGCGGAAUUACCAGCACAUGCCAACUAGCGUGCCCCUGGCCGCCUGAGCCCUUCCACUACUCCAUCCAGUCUCCCAGGACCCGCGACGCAGAGAGGGGACGGGUCUUUGCACCGGACGCCGCUGAAUGGCCCAUCCAAAGCGCCUAG